CACCGCGCUCGGCCGGAGCCCUCCCCCGGGCCCGGAGGGUGUGUCCCCGCGCCGGAGCUCGCCGCGCCUAUAAGGGGCCGAGCGGCGGGCAGGGACAUGCAGCUCUACAGCAGCGUCUGCACCCACUACCCAGCCGGGGCACCGGGUCCCACGGCCGCGGCCCCCGCCCCGCCCGCCGCCGCCGCCGCCAACGCCGCCGCCGGCCCCUUCAAGGUCUCCCUGCAGCCGCCCGCCCCCGCCGGCGGCGCGCCGGAGCCCGAGACCGGUGAGUGCCAGCCGAGCGCGGCCGCCGAGCCCCGGGAAGCCGCCGCCCCCGCCAAGAUGCCCGCCUUCUCCUGCUACGAGAUGGUGUCCGGGGCCGCCGCCCCCACCGCGGCCGCCGCCGCCGCCGGCCCGCCCGGAGGCGCCUGCAAGCCGCCGCUGCCGCCGCACUACACGUCCACGGCGCAGAUCACCGUGCGCGCCCUGGGCGCCGACCGCCUCCUGCUGCACGGCCCCGAGCCGGGCCCCGCGCCGCCCGCCGCCCCGCGCGGCCGCUGCCUCCUGCUCGCCCCGGCGCCCGGCGCCCCCGUGCCGCCGCGGCGGGGCUCCUCGGCCUGGCUCCUGGAGGAGCUGCUGCGGCCCGACUGCGCCGAGCCCGCCGGCCUGGACGCGGCCCGCGAGGGGCCGGACAGAAACUUCCGACUGAGCGAGCACCGCCAGGCCCUGGCGGCCGCCAAGCACCGGGGCCCCGCGCCGCCGCCGCCCGGGAGCCCGGAGCCCGGCCCCUGGGGCGAGGAGCACCCCGCGGAGAGGAGCCUCCGCGGCUGGGAGCGGGCCGGCGACCCUCCCGGCGCGGACGAGGCGCGGCGCCCCGACCCCGAGGCCGAGGCGCCCCCGCCCCCCAGCGGAGAAGUGGCCCAGAGCGGCGCGGCCGAGGCGGGGGUCGUCUCCAGGGCGGAUCCCCGGGAUGAGAAACUGGCUCUGUACCUGGCGGAGGUGGAGAGGCAGGACAAGUACCUGCGGCAGAGGAAUAAGUACCGAUUUCACAUAAUUCCCGACGGCAACUGUCUGUACCGCGCCGUCAGCAAGACCGUGUAUGGGGACCAGAGCCUGCACCGCGAGCUGAGGGAGCAGACGGUGCACUACAUCGCCGACCACCUCGACCACUUCGGGCCCUUGAUCGAGGGCGACGUGGGGGAGUUUAUCAUUGCUGCUGCUCAGGACGGAGCCUGGGCCGGGUAUCCCGAGUUGCUGGCCAUGGGGCAGAUGCUGAAUGUGAAUAUACAUUUAACGACUGGAGGGAGGCUGGAGAGCCCCACCGUGUCUACCAUGAUUCACUAUUUGGGCCCAGAAGAUUCCCUAAGGCCUAGUAUUUGGCUCAGUUGGCUCAGCAAUGGACAUUAUGAUGCGGUGUUUGAUCACUCCUAUCCUAAUCCAGAGUAUGACAAUUGGUGCAAACAAACGCAAGUACAAAGAAAACGCGAUGAAGAACUUGCCAAAUCCAUGGCCAUAUCCCUGUCCAAAAUGUAUAUUGAACAAAAUGCAUGCUCUUGAAAUCUCUGAAAGCCUACACCCUGGGAAAAUGGCAUACAGAGUGUUUGGAGAAUUAUAUGAACUCUAAUCAGGGUAAUAGCACUUUUCAACUUCCUAGUAGAUUUACUGUAGGUGUAAUGCCUUAAUCAUUUGUUUUUGAAUGUUUUUUUCCUCAGAGCUGAAGGUUGCUGGGCACCUAAAUGAUGUUUCAUGAUGGCUUUGGGUGGUCCUACUGCUAUUUAUAAUUUGCUGUAUAAAGUUAGCACUACUUAAUUUGCAAGCUAAUUUCUCACAGUGUAAAUUUGUUCAUUCCUGGUAAUCUAUUUUCUAUAAAAUUGUAUUUUUGCACAACAUUUUUAAAAAUUGAUGUACCCUCAUCUAUGACGUGUUCCAUUUUGAGAAACAGCUUUCCAGCAUAAAUCCAGAGAAGUGCUUUAUGAAGUUUGUUAUUUUGAGCAGUUUGUGAUUUAGCAUUUAUCUUAUGUUGUUGAAUUUGAAUUUUUAGACGAUUAUUUCAAGUGGAUAUUGAUGCAUCUGUUACCAGUUGAUUGACCCAUUCCAUUUUGAUGAAGCAGAAUUGUUUUGAAAUGUCAAUUUUUUUAGAAGUGGUCACUCCUUUAAAAAGAAAUACUUAGGGGAAAGUGAUGGGAAGAAUUUUUUUUUUUUCCUUUAAUAAGGGAUAGUACCAGCUCUUGAAUGAAAGUCUGAUAUUUGCUGAUGGCAGAGCGAUUAUUCUGUUCUCCAGUUCAUGUUUAGGGUAUAUGGUCCGGUGCUCUCAAUUGGUUUUUAUUUAAAUUUGUCAUUUCGUUGUAAAAGAAUUUUAAUGUGAUAUAAAACUUCGUGAUAAGCCUCCUGCUUUAUAUAGCUUCUUGGUUUCCAUUGAGACAUUUAAAAAAUAAUAGCGCAAAUGCUUUGAACCAACCUUGGCAAUUACAGCAGGAAAAUACUGUCUUCAUAUUCUAUUCCUUUUCAAUUCUUCCAAAAGGCAAGAAAUAGGAUUGCCCUGUAUUAUGUAAAAAUAAAAAUGUCUAUGAACAAGAGUUUGUAUGGUUUGCUGGGUCAAACAAUGUUGCCACCUAAAAUUUAUCUCAUUUCCGCUUUAACUACUUUUAGUCAUAUUUAUUAAGUAAUGCAGUUUGUACUUUUUUAUUUUGUAACAUUUUGUGAUUUUUUUUUGUACAAUACUGUAUUUGUAUUAUAGAGCAAUUCUCAGCUGAUGGGAUGAAUGAAUAAAAUGCAUAAUUUUACUUUUACAACGUCUUCUUGGCUUAAGUCGUUUGUAAAUUGUAAAGUGAUGUCUAUAAGGAUCUCACGUCUUAUUUUGAACAGUUUUUUUUAAUGUGUAAAGAUGUCACAGAAUUAUGAGAUUUCUUAAGUUCUCCCAUGAAUAGCAUAGGAUAAUCAUUAGUAAUUUUAAAGGCUGUCUCAAUGAAAUAUAAUUUAAAGUUGGGAUAACUCAAGAAAUUGCUCUCAUUAUUUCUAAUUAUAAUUCCUUUCUAAAACUCUAGACAAACCCAUUGGCUAAUAAAUAGGGAGGUGCAAAUAUUGUUUUAACUAACACAGUCUCUGAUUAAAUAUUGCCUUCUGCUCUUAUCAGCAUAGAUGUUAUUAUUUUAAACAGUAACCAAAGCAGUGUCUUAAUUUUUAUUUAGUCUGCCCUCUUCAGACUAUGGGAAUCUUAAUUUUAAGGAGUGUUAUCAGAUUUAAUUUAAUUGCUGUACAUAGUGCUGGGGAUUACGUAGUUGUUGCAGACGGAAUACAGAUUGGGUUUUUUACUUUUCGAUUGAUUAGAUGUUACGGUUAUAGACACAAAUUUGACUUUAUUGCUUAACUUUUUUUUUUAAGGCCAUUGGUUAUCAAAGAAAGACAUUUUGUUAAAGUUUAAAUGGUAACUAAUGCUUCUGGUUUUUUAGGUAAAGAUAAGGUUUCCUUCAUGACUUCACUGUUACAUAACUUGGGAAGAAAAAUUCUUUAGUUUGAAUUAAUGUGGCAAAAAGUGGUUCUUCCACUUUUCUACAGGUUAUUUGGAGCUAUAGAACAUUUGGGGAUGCUUAAAAUUUACACAAGACAUGAAUAGACUAAUUAGGUGUGGUUCCUAAAAAGCAUUCUGUAAGCCCAUCACUGUUUUAAAUAGAUUUCUUUGUGCUGUACUUUUUAAUAUCUAAUUAGGAUUCCAAGUCCUUGAUUAAGGUUUUCAAGGGUGAUGUUUCUGAAUAAAAUUAAAUGGAUUCCAAGAUUGUUCUGCAUGGCAGCAUGUUUUUUAGUUGUUUUACCUAAACGGUUUAUGUCUUUCCCUAUCCUUUUCCUAUGGAUUAGUUUUUUGAAGAAGAAAUGUAUUUGUCACUCUCCUAUACUCAACAUUCUCUCCUGCCAUGCCAGUUUUAUAUGUCAUUAGCAGUAGCAGUCCUUGAGAUUUGAGCAGUUGAAGAGGUGGAAAUGUAGUUAACUCUUUAACUUUUAGUAUAUAGGUUUAUUAAACAUCAUUCCUUCAAUUACUCUUAAUAGCUAAGGGGCUCAAAACUGAAGAAAACUGUUAAUGUUGUAUGCUAAAACUUCUUUAGAAUAUACUCCUUUCCCUAUAAAAUAUGAUGAGGGAGGUAAAAUCUUCAAGUAAACCCAAUUGGUGUUCUCAGGUAAAUCAGUGUGAAAAUCAUUCUAUUAACUUGAAAAUGAAAGUAGCACAUAGAUGAAAACCAUAAUAGGAAUAAAUACUAACUUUUUUAUUAAUUGCAUGUAAAAACUAAAAUGGCAUCGUAUUUCAACAUUCUGGCAAAAAUCUAAUUCCUUGAGCCUUUUCAUUUUAUACUCAGAUUUUCCUUUGAUAAAAUGCACUCAUUUUAAUAUAUUUAAUUGGGAUUGAGUAAAUCACUAUUGCUAAGUGGCACAAAGACACAUAUGUGUGAUACUUUAAUAACGUUUUUCUGAAUUUUUAUUCUAUAUGCUUGAUACGGUGAUUUUA